AGGCCGUCCGUCUUCGCGGUCACCACGGCGACGUGUGCGCGUCUCCGCCUGCGUCAUGACGCGGUGGAGGGGCGGGGCGGGGCGGGCAGUUGCUGGAAGGUUCCGAGCAGCCGGCACGAUGAUGUCUGCACCAGUUAUCCUCCUGAAGGAAGGCACUGACACUUCACAAGGGACCCCUCAGCUUGUCAGUAACAUUAAUGCCUGCCAGGUGAUCGCAGAGGCCAUUCGCACCACGUUGGGGCCACGAGGAAUGGACAAGCUCAUUGUGGAUGACAGAGGAAAAGCGACCAUUUCCAACGACGGGGCCACCAUCUUAAAGCUGCUUGAUGUUGUUCACCCUGCUGCAAAAACCCUUGUAGACAUUGCAAAAUCACAAGACGCUGAGGUGGGCGAUGGGACUACUUCAGUUACUCUGUUGGCCGCAGAAUUCCUCAGACAGAUUAAAUCGUACGUGGAGGAGGGGCUUCAUCCCCAGAUAAUCAUCCGAUCCUUUCGCACGGCCACCCAGCUGGCUGUGGAAAAAAUUAAAUCCAUUGCUGUAACUGUGAAGAAAGAUGACAAGGAACUUCAGCGAGAGCUUUUUGAGAAAUGUGCUGCCACUGCCCUCAGCUCCAAACUGAUUGCUCCGCAGAAGGACUUCUUCUCCAAGAUGGUGGUGGAAGCCGUCAUGAUAUUGGAUGAUCUCCUGCCACUGAAAAUGAUCGGAAUUAAGAAAGUUCAAGGAGGUGGUUUGGAGGAAUCUCAAUUGGUAGCCGGUGUUGCUUUCAAGAAAACAUUCUCUUACGCUGGAUUUGAGAUGCAGCCCAAGAAGUACACCAAGCCGAAGAUCGCACUGCUGAAUGUGGAGCUGGAGCUCAAAGCCGAGAAGGAUAAUGCUGAGGUCCGGGUGGCCAAUGUUGAGGACUAUCAGGCCAUUGUGGACGCAGAAUGGAGCAUUCUUUACGAUAAGCUGGAGAAGGUCCACCUGUCGGGGGCCAAGGUUGUGCUGUCCAAACUUCCCAUCGGUGAUGUGGCCACCCAGUACUUUGCAGACCGGGACCUUUUCUGUGCAGGCAGAGUCCCAGAGGAGGACCUCAAGCGGACCAUGAUGGCCUGUGGCGGCUCCAUUCAAACUAGCAUUAAUGCCAUGACGGAUGAUGUGCUGGGACAGUGCGAGCAGUUCGAGGAGGCCCAGGUUGGAAGUGAAAGAUACAAUUUCUUCACUGGAUGCCCCAAGGCCAAGACGUGCACCAUCUUACUGCGAGGAGGCUCGGAGCAGUUUAUGGAUGAGACUGAGCGCUCCCUUCAUGAUGCUAUCAUGAUCGUCAGGCGGGCCAUUAAGAAUGAUUCCGUGGUGGCCGGGGGAGGUGCCAUUGAGAUGGAGAUCUCCAAGUACCUGCGGGAUUACUCCAGGACCAUCCCAGGCAAGGUCCAGCUGCUGAUCGGGGCGUACGCCAAGGCUCUGGAGGUGAUCCCGCGCCAACUGUGUGACAACGCCGGCUUUGACGCCACCAACAUCCUCAACAAGCUGCGUGCCAAGCACGCCCAGGGAGGGGUGUGGUACGGAGUGGACGUGAACAACGAGGACAUCGCGGACAACUUUGAGGCGUGCGUGUGGGAGCCAGCGAUCGUGCGGAUCAACGCUCUGACCGCUGCCUCGGAGGCGGCCUGCCUCAUCCUGUCUGUGGAUGAGACCAUCAGGAACCCGCGCUCCACUAUGGACCCCUCUGCUGCCAAGUCCCGUGGCAAGGGCAUGCCCAUGGGCCGCUGAGGCAGCCUGGUCAGUACGGGGCUGUGGACGGGGCUGACCCAGGCCCGGUGACCAUCGCUGGGCCUGUUCACCCUCCAGCCCCCACAAGCUCUAUUUAUUGUUUUCAUCAUUUUUUUAUUUCUGGCAAAAAACGUGUCGGAGAAAUAAAGUUCCCAUUACCUUGA